AUGAGGCGCCGGACCCGUCGCAGUCUCGUUCAUCUGGCCUUCUUCGCCGGAAUCCUCAGCCUCAUCCUCUUCCUCAACCGGCCAUCCUCCCCCGGUCGGCCCUUUGCCUGGACCACCGUCACCUAUGAGACCACCGCGAAGCAACUCCCGGAAGCCCGGGGCCAAUGUCCCGGUCUAGCCAAGACAGACAAGCCCGUUCUAGUGGUAUCGCGGGUCACGGCAGAUGCCUCAGACUGGCUCGCACCGCUAGCAGAGCAAUAUCAUCUCUGCGUCUACACAGCAGACGCACCGGCAGAUGCCCGUAGCACGCACCUGCAAGUGCCCGCCAACCGGGGCCACGAGGCGAUGGGCUACCUGACCUUCUUGAUCGACAACUAUGCCCAACUACCCGCCACGGGGAUGGUGUUCGUGCACGGGUCUCGUUGGGCCUGGCACAACGAUGCGCCCGACUAUGACAACGCGGCCCUGCUGGCGGCGUUGAACAUAUCGGCUGCCCUGGCUCCCUGGGGAUACCACAAUCUCCGCUGCGACUGGAGCGUCAGCACUUGUUCCCCCAAGACACCCGCGCAGGGCAGCCUGGAGCUGUCCAUGCAGUCGGUGCUUGAGCCGUGGAGCGCGCGGACAGCCUCUGACGUCGCGCUGCCAGGCGCGCUGGCCAACCUAUUUGGCAAAGACCAGAUCAGCUUGGAGCUGGAGAGCGCACGAGUGCUGCUUGGUCGGAACGACGCGGUGCGCGCUCAGUGCUGCGCACAGUUUGUGGUCAGUCGCGAGAGCGUCUGGCAGCACACGCGGGAUGAGUACAUUGCGCUGCGGCAGUGGCUGCUGGAUGGCAGCGAUGAUGCUGCCCAGCCCGGAGCAGGAGGAGGGGGACGACGAUCCCCGUCGGCCCGCCGAGCAGCACCACGGGAUGAUCGCAUUGCCGGUCGGAUAUUGUCGUAUGUGUGGCACAUCCUGUUUAUUCGACGCGGUGCUCUUCAUGCCGAUGAUGGAUCGGCAGCGAUUGACCUGGAGCGAUUGAAUGGCAUUGCAUGUCCGCGGGCGGACGAAUGCUACUGUCGGUUGUAUGGCCGGUGCAAUCUGGGCCGAUGCAGCGCCGGCAGUUGCUUUGGGCAGUAUCAGUUACCUCCGGAUUUCAAGGUUCCUGCGUGGGUGACCGAGAAGGGAGGUUCAUGA